UCUACUGGCAACUAAUUUGUAAAAUUUUGGCAUGGUUGAUUUUUACGGUACCGAGUGAAUUAAAACCGUUUUGUGAAAUUAUUAUGAAAAUGGAGUGGAAACCUGAACAAGAAGGAUUAAGACAAAUAUUAACACUUCUUAAGGAGUCUCAAUCUCCAGAUACAGCGACACAAAGAGCUGUUCAACAAAAAUUGGAAGAAUUAAACAAGUACCCGGAUUUUAAUAACUAUCUUAUAUUCGUAUUGACUAAACUACACAAUGAAGAAGAACCAACAAGAUCACUGAGUGGUUUGAUUUUGAAAAAUAAUGUAAAAUCACAUUACAAUAGCUUUUUGCCUGAGGUAGCAGAAUUCAUAAAACGUGAAUGUUUGUCUGCUGUCGGAGAUCCUUCACCACUGAUCCGUGCAACAGUUGGCAUUAUUAUUACUACAAUUGCAAGCAAGGGUGAAUUAACCUCCUGGCCUGAACUCUUGCCAGCUUUAUGUCAGAUGCUUGACUCGCAAGACUACAAUGUUUGUGAGGGUGCAUUUGGAGCUUUGCAAAAAAUAUGUGAAGAUACAACUGAGCUACUGGACAGUGAUGCAUUAAAUAGGCCGUUGAAUGUAUUAAUACCAAAAUUUCUACAAUUCUUCAGACAUUCAUCACCAAAAAUCCGAUGCCAUGCAAUUGCUUGUGUUAAUUAUUUCAUUUUGGGCAGAACACAGGCCCUUAUGAUGCACAUUGACGCUUUCAUUGAGAAUUUAUUCCACUUAGCAGCUGAUGAAGAUGCAGAUGUUAGAAAAAAUGUUUGUCAUGCACUAGUGUUACUUUUGGAAGUUCGUUUGGAUAGACUUAUACCGCAUUUGCCCAACAUAAUUGAGUAUAUGUUGGUACGGACCCAAGAUCCAGAGGAAGGUGUGGCUUUAGAGGCAUGUGAAUUUUGGUUAUCUCUAGCAGAACAGAAUGUUUGUAGAGAGGUCCUCGGUCCACGUUUACCGGCCCUGCUGCCUGUCUUGGUGCGUGGUAUGCGCUACUCGGAGAUGGAUGUGAUCCUGUUGCGAGGUGACCGUGACGACGACGCCGAUGAUGCUGAACCUGACCGCGAGUCAGACAUACGGCCCCGUUUUCACAAGCCACGUUCACAUACCAUCAAACAUAAUGCGGGCGCAGGCGACAGUAACAUGUCGGGUGGCGGUGAGUCGGACGAUGAAGACGACGGCGGUGCAGACGCAGAUGACGGCUCGCUCUCGGACUGGAACCUGCGCAAGUGCAGCGCCGCCGCUCUCGAUGUGCUUGCCAACGUGUUCGGCGCUGACUUACUGCCAGUACUCUUUCCUAUCCUAAAAGAGACACUUUUCCAUGAAGAAUGGGUAAUUAAGGAGAGCGGCAUUCUGGCGCUGGGUGCGGUGGCUGACGGGUGCAUGGGCGGCAUGGUGCCGCACCUGCCCGACCUAGUGCCGUACCUGGUGUGCUGCCUGGCCGAACGCAAGGCGCUCGUGCGCGCCAUCACCUGCUGGACCCUGUCGCGCUACUCACACUGGAUCGUCUCGCAGUCGCACGACCUAUAUCUGCGUCCCGUCAUGACAGAGUUACUGAAGCGUGUGUUAGACAACAACAAGCGCGUCCAAGAGGCAGCUUGUUCGGCUUUCGCUACACUCGAAGAGGAAGCCUGCACAGAACUGGUCCCGUACCUUGGCUACAUUCUCCAAACACUCGUUUACGCCUUUAGCAAGUAUCAGCACAAAAAUCUACUAAUCCUAUACGACGCUAUCGGCACCCUAGCCGAUUCAGUGGGCCAUCACCUGAAUAAACAAGAAUACAUCAAUCUAUUGAUGCCGCCUCUUAUAACAAAGUGGAAUGUGCUAAAAGACGAAGACAAGGACCUGUUUCCGCUACUUGAGUGCCUGUCAUCUGUAGCCACAGCAUUACAAUCUGGAUUUCUACCAUAUUGUGAACCUGUGUUCAGGAGAUGUGUGUCUUUAAUAGAACAGACUUUAAAUCAAAAUAUUGCAAACAGCCAAAGUCCUGAACAGUUUGAGGCUCCCGAUAAAGAUUUUAUGAUUGUGGCAUUAGAUUUAUUAAGUGGAUUGGCAGAAGGCUUGGAUGGACAUAUUGACCACUUGGUCCUCAAUUCUAACCUCAUGCAAUUACUCUACCAAUGCAUGCAGGAUCCAAUGCCUGAGGUAUAUCUUGUGCGCCAGUCUUCGUUCGCAUUGUUGGGAGACCUGACUAAGGCUUGUUUCCAGCACGUACACCCAUAUAUACCCGAGUUUCUACCCAUAUUGGGAAUGAACCUCAAUCCUGAACUAAUUUCUGUUUGCAAUAAUGCUACUUGGGCUAUCGGCGAAAUAAGUAUCAAAUUAGGACCUGAAACUUCAAAGUACAUCCCCCUUGUCUUAAACCAUUUAGUGGAAAUAAUCAAUAAGCCUAAUACACCCAAAACACUACUUGAAAACACAGCGAUUACUAUCGGUCGGCUAGGUUAUGUGUGCCCCCACGACGUCGCACCCGUAUUACAUCAAUUUGUACGCCAGUGGUGCGCAUCGCUUCGAAACAUCCGGGAUAACGACGAAAAGGACUCCGCCUUCCGGGGCAUCUGUCAGAUGAUCCAAGUCAACCCGGGUGGCGUGGUCCCAGAUUUCAUGUUCUUUUGCGACGCGGUCGCCUCGUGGUCACACCCCAAGGACGAUCUAAAGGAAAUGUUCACCAAGAUCCUGCACGGGUUCAAGAACCAAGUGGGUGAGGAGAACUGGCGCCGGUUCACUGACCAAUUCCCUAUGCAGCUGAGUGCCCGGCUCUCGGCUAUGUGUGGAAUAUAAGACACGAUUACUUAUUUUAUGGGGAAUCAAUGUCAACAAGGGUCGGGAAGACAUUGCGGGUGCGGGAGCGCAGCCGCCAGUCGCUGCUACGGACGCCACUUAUUGUGCCAACACGUUAACCUCAAUAGACUAGCAACCAUAUUUUCUGAUUCAACACUACAUGUACCUAUCAGGAAUGUUACCUAGGUUGUAUAUCAUUACACUUGGUUUCUGAUCGAUCGUCGUACCUGAAAUUGUUAAUAGUCAAAAUGAUUUUUGAUAGCGGCGACAACCCUUAACAUUAAUUAAUACAGACUGUGAGUGUUGUACAUAGGACAAAGUAGGGCGGACGCGUCGGCUCGGCAUCGGCUCUGCACCGGAGGACGAGCUGCUGUAGGGUGCUAGGCUUACUGUACUCGUGUCGUGUAAUAAAUGUGGCGCGUUGCAUGCUUACGUGCCGUUAUAUUUUCGUUAACAGAAUAAUGUGUUAAACCACUGAUCUGUAGUUGUAGUAAUCACCUAAUUGUUUUAACAAGGUGACAUGUUGUCGAAAUAUAUAAUAAUAAUUGCAUGAAAGUUAGUGAUAGAUUAUAGUGGAAACAUGAACCGUUUAGUUGAUUUGUAUGAAAUUAGAACUACUCAUCAUUAUUGAAAUGUUUUUCCAAGUAAACAUUUAUGUGACAGUAGUUUUGGAAUGUUAAAUUUAAUUUCAAUUAUACAUCGAAUCAUUACGGGAUUACUUCUGUCUGCCACAUAGCAGUGAUUUUACAUAAUUUUAUUUUAUUAAGGAAUAUCAUAUAAAUUAUUGUCUGCCCGUACAAUGAGCUGGUAUUGAUUUGGUGUAAAUUAAAAGACUUCUCCGCAAGUAGUGCAUUAUCAACUUACGUCUACGUGUGGGACUGUAAGCCUAGAUGAUGUAUGCUUGUUUAGUAUUUAAACUAACUGUUACCAUUUACUGCUCAACCGACCGACACGUUGUUUUAUUUCUACAUACAACUAACACUAAUUGUACUUUAAAUAUAACAAUAAGGAAAUUGUGAGUGACCUUUACGUGAUUUCUAACGUAACAGAAAUAUUUGGAACGUAUGUCUAAAAGCAUUUAUGUCUCCACUAGAGCUUUUCGAAAAUAUUUAGUAUUUUUAAAUUGAUGUGUUAACUAUAUAAUUUUAUUUAAAUUACAAGACUUAGUGAAAUCGAGAAUUUAUGUCAGCUGUGAUUUGUGACUGGUUUAUUUUGACUAAUAUAUGUGUAUGAUUAUAUGUCUGUGUCAGUGUAGAUAUAAUAUACUGCUUUGAUAGUUUUUAUGACGGCUAGAUUUCUGCUAUAUAAUAUUAUACCAAAUAGUAUUUUUACGUUGUAUAUUGUUUUAAUGGAUUUGUAUGUUUGCGUUUCUCGCUUUGACCGACACUGGCUGUAAUAAACGAAGUAUUGGAGUUAAAGGAUUCCAAAAUUCAAUACAGCUUAAUAUAUUUUUUUUCAAUGCCAUUUUAUAUGCCAGUGUGGGCUCACUUUGAGAAACUUAUAUGAUCGAUAUAAAGUACUAUUUACGUGUAUAUUGAAUUAAAAUAAUAUUAUGUAUAUGUAAAUACAUAUUGCGAUGUAUAUUAUUAUUAUUAUAUGCAAGUAAAAUUGUUAUAUUUUUGUUUUAUAAAAGCUAAAAGUCUGACUUUAAACACUUGUUGUAUAUCAUUUUGUUUUUUCAGAUGACGGGGAUCUGAAAUGUUUAGUACAAAUUAAACGCAAUAUAUUUUGCUACUCGCGCUAGGUAUGCAUUGGAUACAUUCGCUUUGGGGUGAUACAUUAAAUGUACAACAUUCCUUAGGAACAAAAUUCAGCGACGGGCUUUGUCACAACAACUGUAAUUGUAUGCUUUCUUUCGUAAUUUCCGUAUAUAAUAAUAAGUAUUGCAUUUUACAAAAUUUCAGGCUUUAGUUGUCAGUAGGUCCUCAAUCGGUCCUUAACCUCCCAAUCAGUUCCUAUCCCGAGUCCUAUCUAGUCCCACUCCUUGUCAUGUGCCAACGAAGCCCAUAACAUGCUUGAAUGAAUGCUCGCUCUUUUAUCUUCAAGUUAUACACAAAUUGAAAUGUGUGUUUAUUCAACUUGACAGACUGAGGUUUGCAUUAUAUAAUUAAAAAUGGUACCAACUUAAAUUCCCGGUACUUGUAGGGCACAUAUUAAAAAUUAUUGUAGCUAAAUACAUUGCUGCCUCCCGAUUACAUUUGAGAGACGAUAUUUAUUUUUAAGUAGAAUCCUUUUAUAAAUAUUACGGGUGGCAUUGUAAUUUAUUUUUAAGGUUAGUAGACUUUAUUGUCAUGAUUUUAUUAUAGUAUUUUUUUUUCUAAAAAAAAAUGAAACCGUGAUAAUAGAUUAUUAAGUGUGCGCAUGUUUGUGUGAGUGAAUGAGGCGGCAUUCGUGAGGCACUCCCAUUCUCGAGGCGUAGUUAUAUUAUAUACGAGAUGUAUUUGUAUCGUACAGAUGAAUAUAGUGUGAAGCAUGUCGAUGUAUUGUACGUUUUUGCAACGCAUACGAUAUGUAUAUUUAUUUUGUAAUUAUUUUAUGUUAAAUAUUCAUUAUUAGAGUAUCGCAAAUCAAAUUCUAAACUUCAUCAUAUAUACCUACUUAUUUAUUAAAGACCCAGUCAUCAAAUUAUAUGUUACUUAGAUUAUAGCAGUUUCAAAUAAUACUACAGAAAACGAACUUAUCCACGUAUUUCACGUACAUUACAUUCCCUCAUAUAUUACUUAAUAAUAUUUUGUAACUCAUCUGAAAUAGUAGAAUUGACCAGUUUUGUAUGUAUUCGAAAUGUGUUUAUCGAUUAUAAAUCGAUUAAACAAAAAUCGAUUUCUAGUGACAAUAGCGCUGAGGAAAUGAAUCAAUUAAUCACUCACACGACCUGUCGCAUGUUUGAUCAAAACAAAUGAAGUCGAAGAGGACCCUCGAUACAUUUGUUAAGAAGAUAUUAGAAUAGAUUUUGUGAUGUGACAAUUCGUUUUCGUCUUGCCUAUACAAUAUACUCAGCUAUUUGCAAUGAUACUUUCUCGACGGUAAUUUUAUUUUUAUUAACAAGUAUAUUUUAUUUAUAUUAAUUUUACAUAUAUAAUAUGUGAUUUAUCUGUAUAAUGUUUAUUCGCAAAAAAUAUCGAGUCAUUAUAAUUUACAUUAUUCCAGCUCCCUUUACGAAUCAUUCGAUUAUUCAUUACAACUUAAUAUUGUAAAGGAACUGUUCAAAAUAAACAAUAUGGAAUUGUUAUGUCUAAUUAUAACACUAAUUAAAAUAAUUGUGACUUCACUUGUUUAUACAAAUUUUGAUCUUUUAAGUGAGUACUUAUAAAUAUAAUAUAACAGGUGGUGCGAAUUAGGCUUUGAUUUAUUCAAAUAAACUAAUAUUGCAUGUACCUACCUAAAUGUAAAAAAAUAGGAUUUUUUUCAUUUCAAAUAUACUCUGUACUCACUUUCUAAUUUACUUGUAAUUAUUAUGACAGUUCAUAAGAUAUGUUAACAAUAUUUUGUUACAGUACAUAUAAAACCAGUUUGUAAUACAAAAAUCUUACAAUAGACAUUCUUUUACCAAACAUUUCGUUAAUAAAGCACUCAUUGUUCAAAUGUUUGUUUUUCAUUUAUUAAGUACUUAUACAUUACUUUGAUUGAUCUGAUCAGUGAUGAUACCAAACAGUAUGUUAGAUUUUAUUUAUAAUUUAUAAACAUACAGAUAUACAGUUAAUAAGUAAACAUAAGCUAACAAAUAUUA